GUUUGUUAGGAACCGUAGGUGUGGUUUUGCUACAGUAAGGGAAUUAGAUGCUUAUGCCACAGACACUAGUCGUGUGUUGCACUAUCAACAACUCAUUAAAACACACUCAAGACUACAGUUAAAAUAUAAUUAUCAAAAACAAAACAAACCAGGCACUACAUGCAGAGCUGCAGAAAACGGCAAGAAACGAUAACAACAACCACCACAACAAUACCCACCACAACCAUCAACACGACAAUGCCCACCACAACAACAGCAACAACCACCACCACAACAAUACCCACCACAACCACCAUCACAACAGAAACAACCACCACAAUACACACCACAACCACCAACACAACAAUACCCACCAUUACCACCACAAUAACAGCAACAACCACCACCACAACAAUACCCACCAUAACCAUCAACACGACAAUACCCACCACAACCACCAUCACAACAAUACCCACCAUUACCACCACAAUAACAGCAACAACCACCACCACUACAAUACCCACCACAACCACCAACACAACAAUACCCACCAUUACCACAACAAUGACAGCAAAAGCCACCACAACCACCAACACAACAAUACCCACCAGAACCACCAACACGACAAUACCCACCACAAGCAUCAACAUGACAAUACCCACCACAACCAUCAACACAACAAUACCCACCAUCACCACCACAACAAUACCUACUACAGCCACCAACACAACAAUACCCACCACAACCAUCAACACGACAAUGCCCACCACAACAACAGCAACAACCACCACCACAACAAUACCCACCACAACCACCAUCACAACAGCAACAACCACCACAAUACACACCACAACCACCAACACAACAAUAACCACCAUUACCACCACAAUAACAGCAACAACCACCACCACAACAAUACCCACCAUAACCAUCAACACGACAAUACCCACCACAACCACCAUCACAACAAUACCCACCAUUACCACCACAAUAACAGCAACAACCACCACCACUACAAUACCCACCACAACCACCAACACAACAAUACCCACCAUUACCACAACAAUGACAGCAAAAGCCACCACAACCACCAACACAACAAUACCCACCAGAACCACCAACACGACAAUACCCACCACAAGCAUCAACAUGACAAUACCCACCACAACCACCAUCACAACAAUACCCACCAUUACCACCACAACAGUAACAACCACCACAAUACCCACCACAACCAUCAACACAACAAUACCCACCAUCACCACCACAACAAUACCUACUACAACCACCAACACAACAAUACCCACCACAACCAUCAACACGACAAUACCCACCACAACAACAGCAACAACCACCACCACAACAAUACCCACCAUUACCACCACAACACCAGCAACAACCACCACCACAACAAUACCCACCACAACCACCAUCACAACAGCAACAAUCACCACAAUACACACCACAACCACCAACACAACAAUACCCACCAUUACCACCACAAUAACAGCAACAACCACCACCACAACAAUACCCACCAUAACCAUCAACACGACAAUACCCACCACAACCACCAUCACAAUAAUACCCACCAUUACCACCACAAUAACAGCAACAACCACCACCACUACAAUACCCACCACAACCACCAACACAACAAUACCCACCAUUACCACAACAAUGACAGCAAAAGCCACCACGACCACCAACACAACAAUACCCACCAGAACCACCAACCCGACAAUACCCACCACAAGCAUCAACAUGACAUUACCCACCACAACCACCAUCACAACAAUACCCACCAUUACCACCUCAACAGUAACAACCACCACAAUACCCACCACAACCAUCAACACAACAAUACCCACCACAACCAUCAACACGACAAUACCCACCACAACAACAGCAACAACAACCACCACCACAACAAUACCCACCAUUACCACCACAACAACAGCAACAACCACCACCACCACCACAAUACCCACCACAACCACCAACACAACAAUACCCACCAUUACCACAACAAUAACAGCAAAAGCCACCACGACCACCAACACAACAAUACCCACCAGAACCACCAACACGACAAUACCCACCACAAGCAUCAACAUGACAAUACCCACCACAACCACCAUCACAACAAUACCCACCAUUACCACCACAACAGUAACAACCACCACAAUACCCACCACAACCAUCAACACAACAAUACCCACCAUCACCACCACAACAAUACCUACUACAACCACCAACACAACAAUACCCACCACAACCAUCAACACGACAAUACCCACCACAACAACAGCAACAACAACCACCACCACAACAAUACCCACCAUUACCACCACAACAACAGCAACAACAACCACCACCACCACCACCACAAUACCCACCACAACCAUCAACACAACAAUACCCACUAUUGCCACCACAACAACCGCAACCACCACCACCACAACAAUACCCACCACAACCACCAUCACAACAAUACCCACCAUUACCACCACAACAGCCACAACCACCACCACAACAAUACCCACCAUUACCACCACAACAGCAACAACCACCACCAUCACAACAAUACCUACCACAACCACCAACACUACAAUACCCAUCAUUACCACCACAACAACAAUAUCCACCACCACGUAAAUACUCAACACCACAACAAUACCCACCACCACAGAAAUACCCACAACCACAACAAUACCUUACUAACUACUACUGCUGUUCCUACUACUAACUACUGUUAUUACUAACUAGUACUAACUCCUACCAUUACUAUUAACUACUGUUAUCACUAAUUAAUACUACAAACUACUGUUAUUACUAACUACUACUAGUAAUAACUCAUACCAUUACUACUGUUAUUACUAAUUACUACGACAAACUACUGUUAUUACUAACUACUACUAGUACUAACUUCUACAAUUACCACUAACUACUGUUAUUACUAAUUACUACUACAAACUACUAUUAUUACUAACUACUACUAGUACUAACUCCAACCAUUACUAUAAACUGCUGUUAUUACUAAUUACUACUGCAAACUACUCUUAUUACUAACUACUGUUAUUACUAAAACCUAACAUUACUACUAACUACUGGUAUCACUAAGUACUAUUACUAACAACUACUGCUAGUACAGUACUGGUGCUUUGCAGUGGUUAUUUGUGAUGUGAUGGAAGAAUCCAGACUG